AUGCCAUCACAUUGUGCUGUUGUAAAAUGCACAAAAACUGCAGCGCAAGAUGAAGAAAUCCGGAUGGUACAUCAUGAUUCAAAACGUCAGUCACAAAAACAAAACGGUGGAAGCAAGUACAUAGAAGAAAACUACUGUAAACUCCUCAGUCAGCUUGUAAAAACUCCCGAUCUAGCCCCCGAUGAUCUCCGUUUGGUUGAACACUUUGUGGUGCAAGCUUUAUACAAGACGCUGGAUGCCCUUCUGAAAACCUAUAAUGAAAAUGGUAUUCUCCUCACUCUCAUCAACGUCAGUCCAGAGAUUUUGAGAGUAAUGAAAACUAUCACCGACACGCAAUUGUUAUCGUUGUGUGGAAGUACCGAUGAAAUAAACAUCAUCGUAGACAAUAAAUCAGAAGAGGAAAAAGCUUUGUUGUAUAGUGCUGCACCUAGAAGCAGAAGGAAAUCAUCGGUCAAAAGUUUUCACAGCAGGCGAUCUUCCAGCGUACGCCGGAACGAAGACCGAAAAUUAUCAAUUUAUGAAUUUGAAUAGUUGUUACCAUAUUAUUCAAAUAGAUAUUAUUCAAAUAGAUGAUUUUUUACGAG